AUGAGUGGCUCAGGCUCCAGCUCUAUCAGCCAUGAUAACAAUGCUACACCAUUGGAUGAAGGCUUGGACAUUGAUACACAAUUCGAAAAUACCGUGAACACCAUGGCGGAAGGUAGAAUCAACGACGGGGAGACCGCGCAUCUCAGACUCCAGACGUCUCUGGACCGAGUCGCCGAUAUCGAAUCCCAGCCUGGUUCGGCCCGCAGCCAGGGCUCGUCAAGAAGCUCCACUGAGAGUAAUCAGAAACAGCAAAAACUAAAAGUCGUAGCAUGGAGAGAUCUCCCAAAGAAGAAUCAGUUAAUCGUCAUUACCUUGGCACGGCUGAGUGAGCCACUGGUGCAGACAUCGUUGCAGUCUUAUAUGUUCUACCAGUUGAAAUGGUUUGACUCAAGUCUUCCAGAUUCUACCAUCUCAGGCCAAGCCGGUAUACUGUCUGCGAGUUUUACCGCGGCCCAGUUCCUAACUGCAAUGGUUUGGGGCAGAGUGGCCGAUUCUCCUCGAGUUGGACGCAAGAGGGUCAUUCUUAUUGGUCUUGUCGGCACUCUAAUAUCCUGCCUUGGAUUUGGGCUGUCCACUUCAUUUCUCUCUGCUCUCUUUUUCAGAUGCUUGGGCGGGGCGACGAGUGGGAAUACUGGUGUUCUGAGAACAAUGUACCAAUCAAGAGCAUUCCUGCUCAUGCCAAUGACGUUCAAUGUAGGAAUCAUCGUUGGACCUGUCCUCGGCGGUCUUCUCUCUGACCCAGCUGCAUCUUACCCGGGAGUAUUCGGUAGUAUACAAUUCUUCAAUCGAUUCCCAUACGCACUGCCAAAUCUAGUGAGCGCCGGGAUCGCUCUAUGCGCCUUGGUCGGCGUUUGGUUAUGUUUGGAAGAGACGCACGAUGCUUUGCGCGGCAGCGUCGACUACGGACGAGUGAUUGCCAUUAAGAUUGGCCAGUUACUUAUCUGGAGGCGAGAAAAGUAUGCCUACAAGCCUCUGCAUUCUCAUUCUUCCAGUAUCAACACGGUAGAAAUGUCGCCAACAGUGGAAGAGCAUCCCGCUUCGCUGCCACGGCCCCGGUAUACGCAGAAACUCCCAUUUAGGCGCAUCUUUACCCGCAACGUGAGCAUGACGCUUGUCUCACAAUUUCUCAUUGCCUUUCAUUUAGGCACUUUCAAUGCGUUAUGGUUCGUCUUUCUCUCCACGCCGGUAUACAAUCCGUCGGACCCUAAUCCGCCUGGCUUUCGACCCUCCCUCCCCUUCCGCUUCACGGGCGGCCUGGGUCUGCCCUCUCGAAGCGUUGGCUUUGCCAUGGCCAUGCUAGGGGUGAUAGGCAUAUCAAUGCAGCUCUUCUUGUAUCCUCGGCUCUCAUCACGCUUCGGUACCCCUCAGAUGUGGCGCUUCUGCCUGUUCUUGUUCCCUAUGGCGUACACUCUGCUGCCAUACCUGUCGAUAAUCCCAUCGACAACACCGCCGCCAGGCCAGAAAACGGGACCGUGGAUCUGGUUGGCACUACUCGGCGUUUUGUUUAUACAAGUCACGGGCCGGACGUUUGCUCUACCGGCUCAAACAAUCUUGGUCAACAAUUGCACGCCACAUCCAAGCGUGCUGGGUACUGUUCAUGGCAUGGGAAUGAGCAUCUCCAGUCUUGCCAGAACGGUUGGACCUGUGCUUUGCGGCUAUCUGUACGGACUCGGAUUGUCUCAUGGCGCUGUGGGAGCUGUGUUUUGGGGCCUUGCAGUCGUUGCCUGUUGUGGGAUCAUAGCUAGUUUCUGGGUCAGAGAGGGAGAUGGGCAUGAGAUAUGGCUAGAGGGCGAUGCGGAGGAUGAAGGUGAGGAAGCAAAAUGA